AUGAUUAGGUAUCUCACCCCCACCCCCAGUACGGGUGUCAUGAUUUCCAGGAUUAACAAACUUAUCUAUCUAUCUCCGUCUAUUUCAUUCUUUCUUUUUUUCUAUCUAUCUAUCUAUCUAUCUAUCUAUCUAUCUCAGUCUAUUUCAUUCUUUCUUUUUUUUUUCUAUCUAUCUAUCUAUCUAUCUAUCUAUCUAUCUAUCUAUCUAAGUCUAUUUCCCCGUUUUCGGGACGCCACAUUGUCUAGCGCCCGUCUUCGGGACGUGAGGUCGCCUAGUGUCCGUUUUCAGUGCGUGAGGUCGCCUAGUACCCGUCUUCGGAACGUGAGGUCGCUUAGUGUCCGUCUUGGAAAUUUGAGGUCGCCUAGUGCCCGUCUUCAGGACGUGAGGUCGUCUAGUCCUAGGCUUCAGGACGCGAGGUCACGUAGCGCCAGUAGUCGAGACAUGUUAUCGCCUAGUGCCCGUCUUCGCGGCGUGGAAUCGCCUAGUGCCCGUCUUCGGGACGUGAAGACGCCUUGCGCCUAUCUUCGGGACGUGAAGUCGCCUAGAGUCCGUCUUCGGGACGGGAAGUUGCCUUGUGCCCAUCUUCAGGACGUGAUGUCGCCUAGUGCCCGUCCCAUCUUGCCAGGACGUGAUGUCGCCUUGCACCGUCUUCGGGGAUGCGCCCGUGCUCGUCGUCGAAUUUGCCUUGUGCCCGUCUUCGGGAAUAUGUCGCCCUUGUGCCCUACCCGUCGUCGGGACGUGACGUUGCCUUGUGCCCGUCUUCGGGAUGUGAUGUCACCUAGUGUCAGUCUUCAGGACGUGAGGUCGCGUAGUGCCCAUCUUCGUGACCUGAAGUCCCGUAGUGCCCGUCUUCGGGACGAGACGUCACAUUGUGCCCGUUUUUCUGUGAUAUCCCGCCUACACUUCUCACAUUUGAUAUACCACCUACAAUUCUCACCUGUGAUAUGCCGCCUACCCUUCUCACAUGUGAUAUCCCGCCUGCACUUCCCACCUUUGAUAUCCCACCUACGCUUCUCACCUGUGAUAUCCCGCCUACACUUCUCACCUGUGAUAUCCCGCCUACACUUCUCACCUGUGAUAUCCCGCCUACACUUCUCACAUGUGAUAUCCCGCCUACGCUUUUCACCUUUGAUAUCCCGCCUACACUUCCCACCUUUGAUAUCCCGCCUACGUUUCUCACCUGUGAUAUCCCGCCUAUGCUUCUCACCUGUGAUAUCCCGCCUGCACUUCUCACCUGUGAUAUCCCGCCUGCACUUCUCACCUCUGAUAUACCGCCUACACUUCUCACCUGUGAUAUCCCGCCUACACUUCUCACCUGUGGUAUCCCGCCUACAUUUCUCACCUUUGAUAUCCCGCCUACACUUCUCACCUUUGAUAUCCCGCCUACACUUCUCACCUUUGACAUCCAGCCUACGCUUCUCAACUGUGAUAUCCCGCCUACACUUCUCACCUUUGAUAUCCCGCCUACACUUCACACCUUUGAUAUCCCGCCUACACUUCUCACCUUCUCGGCGGGAAUAUACCGGCUGCAGAAUGGACGCCAGUGGCGUAUGUGAUAGUGCCUCGACCUCUCAGUACAGAACACAGAUCUCGGACAGCUGGCGAGAGUCGCCGAUACCGGAAGUCGGUAGCAGUUCUUAA